CUGCUCGGUUUUGUGGUGGUCUCGGGCAUUUUAAUGAGCUAUGAGGCGUUUAUAAACACAUGUUAAUUCAGUUCAGCAUAUUUGCUGUGUCGGUGUGCCUGACUGGCUUGGCUGCUGGACAAAAACGUUGUGCAGAAAAAAGCGUAGCCUGGAGGCUUAGCAUGAUUCAACACGUCCUGCAGAGAGCGAGAGAUUUCUGUAGAAAGAUCUGUCGAUGCCAGAGGCCUGUCAGGAACCUCCUGGUGAGCUUGAAAGUUAUCGUUACUAACCUACACACAAAUCUAGAAAUCUAGUGGCUACUUUUUAAAAUGUAAAGAGACUCCAAGCGCUGUCCGGUUUGACUGGCUGGGCUGGAUGGUCUCCAUGGUCUCCUGUGGUCCGGCUCAGGUGAGUUGAAGGGGCGUUGUUGGUGGUGUGGCUGGAUUUCAGAGGCGUGGGCCAGAAACGCGACCACAGCGCACAGAAGGCGGAACGAAGUCUUGAGCGGACUCCUCUCUCUCUCUCAGCACCACGCUGAGCGGCUGAACUGAAAAGUGGAAACUGGUCGGUAGAGAAGCGACGCGGUGAAGCUCAAGAGCCCAGCAGUCUAAACAGCUAAUGCAGACCAGACAACGGCCUUCCUCGACUGAGAAAAUGAUCAUGAUACUGACUCUGCAGGUCUUCACUCAAUGCUAACCCUUCUCCUCAUGCUCUUAGUGCCAUGGCCUUUGUCCCCCUCUCCUUCCCCUUGGACCCCAGUGAAGAAAUCUCUGCGUGGCUCUCCAGUCUCCACCUGCCUCAAUAUGCCUCCAACUUUACCCAGGCAGGUUACUGCACCCUGGGAGACUGCAGGGGUCUGACCGAGGAGAAGCUCCUGAACAUGGGGUACUUCCCCACAGGCCAUCGGCGGAGAAUACUCCGCAGCCUGGAGGUUUUCAUGGGCGGGGAAGGAUCUGAUGAGAGGAAACCUGUCCCUUUACCUAGAAGUAUUUUCCUUAAGGAUGGCAAGAGAGUAGUCCGUUGUCAAUUUUCACAGAAAAGCAGCACUGCAGAAAACAAAAUCCUGUCUGGAACGCGGAGUCUUCCUGCAAGGACUUGUGAAGAGAUGGUGACUAAUAAUGACUCAGGUGGACCAAUCACAAAGUUGUCUAUGGCUGUCCCCCACACACUUCCAAGGAGACUACCCAAAGCAGCUUCCUCAGGCUCCAGCUCCACCUCUUUGCACAGCAGCGCCGAAUCACUGUCACUUUCCUCCCACUCUGCACCUUCUGAUUGGGAGAACUCAGAGGAGCCUGCUUCUUCCAUAGCAGGGCAUAUUCCAGGUGUGAAAGGAGACUUCCCCUCAGAAGAAUCCCUUGAAGCGUUUCAGGGAGAGAUGGUGGAUAAUGAUAUAUAUGAGAGCUCUUACACUGUUAAAAGCACUGGCCCCAGAAAAACGUACUCCUACAGGUUGCGACACCGGCCUGUGCCAGAAAUUCCAGAACGUACCAUCAUACCAUCACAUGAGUGGAGUGUGUGUGCAAAAACCAGCACUGAACAGCAGAGUGGCACUGAGGCCCCCAGCGGCCCAACCGGAAGACAGAAAGCCCCUCUUCAAAGGACACUGUCCCCAAUCACUCCUUAUGGCGAGUUAUACCUCUACAACAAAGACAGUGCAGAAAACAAACUAGACAUGGGUGCAGAGAAUGUAUUCAGACAAGAAGCAAAGGAGAAGCUGAAACAGAAGAAGUCGAGGAAACAUCACACCAGGCAGAAAGAGAAGGUGACAGAGAGCAUCAACAGGCCAGACUUUUCUCUCCAGGGCAACACUGUUGUCUCCGAUGAUGGUUAUUCACUGAUUCAGCCAUCCUUGCAGAGUCAGGACGUGGCCAUUGAAAGUUCUUCAAAUACAGCUAUGUCUCCUAAGCUUCUCCCACAGACUCAACCGCCUGCUAAGCCCCCUCCACAGAAUCCAUGGCCAUUGGCUGGAGUUCAUCAUGUGAGUGCCAUCUACAGUGAGCCAGUGGACACUCUGUCUGGACUAGUGAAGCGCACUCUUCCUGCUCACAGUGAAAUGACUAUCUCGCCAUAUGCCUGCUUCUAUGGAGGCCCCCAUAGUUCUGUCAAAAUGGGCUGGCUGGACAAGCUCUCUCCUCAAGGAAACUGUGUCUUUCAGAGAAGAUGGGUCAAAUUUGAUGGAGAGAAUCUUACUUACUAUAACAACGACAAGGAGAUGUACUCGAAAGGUCUGGUUCCUCUCUCAGCUGUGAGGCUGGUGCGAUCUGUAGGAGACAACAAGCUGGAGGUGGUCACUUCACAAAGAACGUUUGUGUUUCGAGCAGAAAAAGAAGGAGAACGUCAGGAUUGGCUGGAGGUUCUACAGUCUGCUCUGAAGUCCCGCUCCGCCAUUUCCCACAAGCCCUGCAAACACAGCUCCAGCAAGAGCGGCAGUGUGGAGCUGCGUGGCCACAAAGGCAAAGUGUACCUCAGCCUCACGGGAACCAAAGUCAGACUCUGCAAAACAGAGCAGGACUUUAACUCUGGAGUGGCCAUUGCUGUAGUAGACCUGACUGCUGCCUGUGUUAAACAUGUGGAUCGCAGAAGCUUUGAGAUCAACACUCCUUUCAGAUCCUUCUGUUUCACAGCGGAGUCAGAGCAUGAGCGUGAAGAGUGGAUCGAGGCAGUGCAAGAAUCGAUCGUUGAGACACUGUCCAAUUAUGAGGUGGCCGAGAAGGUUUGGUUCAACCAGUCGAACAGGAACUGCGCCGACUGCAAAGCAAGAAACCCUGAGUGGGCCUCAAUCAACCUCGGAGUGGUCAUCUGUAAAACGUGUGCAGGUCAGCACCGCUUUUUGGGCUGCAGUAUCUCUCAGGUCAGAAGUUUGAAGUUGGACAGCACCAUCUGGACCAAUGAACUGGUGGAGCUGUUUUUAGCUGUUGGAAAUGAGAAUGCCAACAGCUUUUGGGCUGCGAAUCUUCCACCAGAGGAGGAGCUUCACAUGGGGGCGACACCAGAGCAGCGUGCAACCUUUCACCGCAGGAAGUACAGAGAGAGGAAGUACAGAAGAAUUCUAGAGGGACUCUACCGCCAAGAGGAGCUAAACCAGGCUCUCUGCUCAGCAGUCCUCCAGUCAGAUGUGUUGGUGACCAUGGCCCUGGUGUUUAGCGGGGCAGAUGUGAUGUGUACUACAGGUGACCCUGAUUACUCCACUCCAUAUCUAUUGGCUCAGAAAGCAGGACAGAGACUACAGAUGGAGUUCCUCUAUCACAACCAGCUCUCAGAAUUUGCAAAGCUGGAGAUGGUGGGUGACAGUAGUUUUCCAGUAGAUGCUUCCUCUUUCAUGGACGGGUUUCUCUACUGUUCAGUCAACAUGCUCAAGAGCACCUUGGACAGGAAAGGAAGAGAUGACAUGGUUCGACGCUGGUGUACGUUGGAGGGUGGCUACCUCAGUUACUAUGAGAGUGAGAAAAGUGCAACAGCUAUAGGGAGAGUGGACAUUAAAGAGGUGGUGAGCCUGGCCAUCAGCAACACAGAGACCAUGACUGGAGCAGGGGCAGUGUUCACCUUUGAGAUCUACCUGCAGUCCGAGAAAGCGGUCAUGUUUGGAGCAGAGACUUCAGACACACAACGAGACUGGGCCCACGCCAUCACUAAGUGUUUUCUCCCUCUGAGUGUGGAGUCUUUGCUGAAGAAGGACUGUGAGCUUGUUGGUCGUUUGUACUACAAAGAGGGUCAUGACCUUUACCACUGGCGAAAGGGGUGGUUCUCUUUGAUCGGCUGUGAAUUAUUCUUUUGUCCUGAAGACGAACAUGUAACCGAGGGGCUUCUACAGCUCAAACGGCUGCAGGAACUCACUGUCUCUACACAUUUGGAAGGAGAGGAGAGUGUCCAGGUUCUGCUCAUGGUCGAAAGUGGCAGAACCAUUUACAUUCAUGGUUUUGCUAAGCAGGACUUUGCUCUGUGGCACUCUGCUAUCCAGUUGGCUGCUGGGAGGGAUGGCAGGGCACUAAGCAACCAGCAGCUGAGUAAAAAUGACGUCCCUAUUAUUGUCGACAGCUGUGUUGCUUUUGUCACGCAAUAUGGUUUAUGUUAUCAGGGCAUCUAUCAGAAGAAUGGUGACCCCAAACGUGUUGCCCAGCUUCUUGAGGAGUUUACCCAGGAUGCUCGGAAUGUCAAGCUUCGUAUUCAAGAUCAUCGGUUAGAGGACGUCACAGACACACUCAAAAGAUUCCUUUCCCAGUGUGAGGAUGCCCUUCUGGCCAAAGAGCUUUACCCUUACUGGAUUUCUACCUUGGAUGAAGAGAAUGAAAAGGACAGGAUUGAGAAGUACUCUACCUAUAUUCAGAGUUUACCCAAGAUAAGCAGAUCAACUCUUGCUGCGUUACUGCAGCAUCUGUACAGGAUCCAGAGCUGCUCUCACAUUAACCAGAUGAAGGCUCAGAGUCUGGCAUGUGUUUUCUCGUCCUGUCUUUUCCAGACAGAGGGACACACACCUCAGGAGACGCGUGUGGUGGAAGACCUCAUCAGUAACUACGCUCAGCUUUUCUCUGUCAAUGAAGAGCAAGUCAGGCAAAUGGAGAGAGAGAACUGCUUUAUCACGAGGUGGAAGGACACUACGUUCUCUCCAGCUGGUGACUUGAUCUUUGAGGUCUACUUGGAAAAGAAAGAGCCAGAAAACUGCUGUUUAAUCAAGGUCUCUCCAACCAUGAGUUCUGAUGAGCUGGCUGAAAGCACUUUAGAGUUGAAAGGCAUAGAGGCAGAUUUGCAGGAACUCUGGACCACAUUUGAGGUCAUCGAAAAUGGAGAACUAGAACGCCCGUUACACUACAAAGAGAAGGUUCUGGAGCAGGUUUUGGAGUGGAAUAAUCUGGAGGACCCCAGCUCAGCUUUUGUGCUGAUCAGAACAUUUCCUGUGUUCAAGAUGUCCCAUUGUAGUUCAGAAGGCCCGAUGGACGUCACUAAAGCAGAGCAGUUGAAGUUUAAAGAUGGCUCCACCAAACUGCUUUCAGUUCACAAGUUUCAGGACAGAUAUCUAGUAUUGCGGGACAAGAAGCUGCUACUCUACAAGGACUCAAAAAGCACAAAGCCAGAGAGAGAGGUUCCUGUGGAGUCUGUGAAAUGCUAUCUAGGCCUGAGAAAAAAGCUGAAACCAGCAAGCAGUUGGUGCUUUACUGUUUACACUCAAAAACAGCAAUGGUAUUUCUGCUGUGAAAGAAAAGAUUCUCAGCUGGACUGGGUUAUUUCCAUUAUCAGAAGCAAGCAUGGAGGAGACCUCUGGCCUAAAUUCAGAAACAGGAACAAGCAUUCAGUUCAACAGAGCAGUAGAGAGCAUGCUUUUACUCACCAGGGGUUAGAGAAUGCAACACGAAGACAAAGCAAGGAGGAUAACAGGAUGAUGUCCAGGAAUGUUACUUUCAAGACCGAGAACUCUGAUGAAGCUGAUAAGUAUAAAAUUGCUGGGCUAGAGAGCCAUUUAAAGUAUAAAGACCUAAAAGGGGACUCCAGAGUCUGCUCUUCUGGAGGAAACUACCCCCUCCCAAGAGACAGAAUGGCCUGUGAUGGACCUCCCCAAAUUCAGCAUGUACCCUCACACCCAGACAUGGGUAAUCACACCAAACCUCCACAAAAAAAAGCUAUGUUUGGCCAUACUCCAGGACAGAUGCCACAGAAUCUUCUCAAUGAACUGAACACUGUCCUCAACCAGGCAGGACGCAUUCACAAGGAAGAAAGCUGAGAGGAUUUUAAAAAAAAAUCUUGCAAGUUGUACUUCCUCAUGGCAAAGUGGAGGUCAAAAGUGCAAAAUGACUCUCAGAUCUCAGACAGACAAAAUAAAUCUGUAAAUAAUUAAAUAUUUAUUUCAUGCGUGCUCUGAGUGGCUAAAACCAAAGCAUUUUGGUUUUGUGAAAAAACAUUUCAGCUGGCCAGUCCAGUGGUAUGUUGCUGUUGUAAUGGCAGUGAGAGUGGCUAUGUGUACUGUCCAAGGGGCUCUCAAACUGAUUAAUAGGUCAAUCAUUAAAUUAAGUAGCCAUAUAUGGAUGGAUGUGCCACUGAUGUCACGUUAAUAAAUGGUCUUGUUUCUGAGGAUCAUGUAUAUAACUAAAAAAUAAAAUAAGUAUUACAUACAGACAAGGCUUUGCUAAUUUUAGACAAGCAAAUGUAGGGCAACUAUUGACAUAAUGCUAGCUUUUCUCUGCUUAAAUUGGGGUCUAGUUGAGGUCAGUUCAGACACUACUUUGAUGAUCUAAAACCAUGGAAGUGACCUUUUCAUAAAGGGAAAAUGUUUUCCCUUUUCCCAUUUCUUCUGGCAUUAAUGUUUCCUUAACCUAUUUUUCCAUCAAGAGAAGUAUAUUUUAUCAUAAUAUGUUACAAUAAGCAGAAUUCCAAGUCACCCAAAGCCACUGAAUAAUGAAUGUUCAUUUUAGAUGGUACACACAAACGUUUGUUGCCCAGUUUACUUUAAACAUUUAUUACCGCCAUUUUAUGUAGAUGAUGCAUCACUUAGCUGCUCACUGCAUUUCAUGUUCUUUUAAAAUAUUCUAAUCAUGUACUUACGGCUGUUGUCAAAACCUGUAAUGCAUUGUAUGACUCUGUGAGAUUGUAUAAAUAAAUGAAGCUAAAAGUUA